UCGAGUCGUCGCUCAGGGCUAUGCCAUUGGAGUGCGUUCUCCAAUUGGUGAUUCUAAUCAAUUUCAUAUCAUCUCUACAUGUGAUUUUGCCGAGAAAUUAAUUCGAGAAUUAAUCGCAAAAAAUUAGUAAAGAUAUAUAGUUCGACGGAGUAAAAUGUGAAAAUAAAUAUUAUUGAUUAUUAUAAAUAUCUGUACUAAUAAUUAUCAAAAUAAUCCUGGAGUUUUAAUUAAUAUUAGAAGAUAUGUUUCAAUUAGUAACUCUAAAGAAUUUUGUCAAAUAUGAUUCUGCAUAGUUAAUAUAAAUAAAUAAAUCCGUAAUUAAUAGAUUAAUACUUCUCCUUAAUUCGAUAAAAAUAGAAAUAUAUUAAUAUAUUAUUAUAUAAAAUCAUCCAAGUGCUAAUACAUUGCAAUUCUGUUUAACACGUGUAAUUCUUAGUUCUUAUCACGCAUUAAUAAUAAAGAACAAUACUUAAAAAUAUCAUGUCGGGAAAUGAGUUGGAACCGGAAAUCGCUGGAUUUUUCCGCUCGAAUUUAUUAGCGGUGAGAAAGGCGAUUCGCCAACAAGACUUCAAGAAAUUCGCUGCCCUCGAAUCAAACGCUGAGAGGGUGGCUUUCGUUUUGAACUACUCCGAGGCACAUGAAUUACCCCUGGAGAUGAAGAAACCUAUGAUCAAGGAUCGCGACAGUGCUAUUCGAUUGAAAGACGUCGGGAAUAAAUUUUUUGGUCGCGGGGAAUUCGCGAAGGCCUUGGAAACGUAUUCGAAUGCAAUUCUUCUAGCACCAUCAACAGAAUUAAGCGUCAUUUUGGCGAAUCGCUCGGCUACAUUAUAUCACUUGGAGCGUCACGAAUACGCGUUGGAGGACAUCGAGGAGGCCUCGCGACUCGGUUACCCGAAGGAACUUUUCUAUAAACUCGAGGAGCGACGGGCCAGAUGUUUAUUGGGCCUGAAGAGGCACGACGAGGCGGUCGAGGCGUUCAGGCGGGCUCUUCAGCUCCUGGACGACGCCAAGAUACCCUUGGAGCGUAAGCAGAAGUUGGAGGCGGACAUCAGGGUGAUGCUCGCGGUGAUGGACAAGGGUAAACAGCUCAACGAGGCCGCCGCCAAGAAGAAUCCCCCGCGAGUUCGCGACAAGCAAGAGUCCAACGCGCGUUUGGAGGACAGAUUUAUCCCCGAGAAGCAGAGGAACCCCCUGUACCCCGCUUGCAGCAGAGCGGUGGAGAUCAAGGACGACGGGGGUGACAUAGGUAGACACGCCGUGGCGACCAGGGAGAUAGCGCCCGGCGAAGUCGUGAUCGUCGAACGACCGCAUUGCGCGUCUCUGCUGGCGGAGAACAGGCUCACGCAUUGCCACCUGUGCUUCGCGAGAAUAUUCGUGCCGAUGCCGGCGGCUUGUGGCACCUGCAACCACGUCGCGUAUUGCAGUCGCCGUUGCAGAGAUGCAGACACCCAAGUACACUCGCGGGAGUGCAAACUGCUGCCGGCUCUGUGGCACUCGAGAGCCUCGGUCACGUGCUUCCUGGCCCUAAGGGCGAUCACACAGAGAUCAUUCGAGGAAAUUACGAGGCUGAAGGAACGAUUUAGGGAUCCCGGAAGCACGCCGAAGAUCUCCGCGGAGAAUCCGUAUCGGGGAGACGAUUACGCGAAUACCUUUUACAAUUUAGUUACUCACGAAGACAAAAGGCUGCCGGAGGAUAUUUUUCACAGAGCCUACAUGGCGGCCUGGUUGUUCAGAUUGUUAAGAUUCAGCAAUUACUUGCCGGAAAACGUGAAAACCGCCGAUUCAGCGGACAGUAGAUUGUCAGACGAGGAACUGUUUAUCGCGGGACUGCUGUUACACAAUUUGCAGUUAUUGCAAUUCAAUUCGCACGAGAUUUCCGAACUGGUAAGGCCGAAAGGGGAGAAGACACUUGCUAAGGCCAAGAGCGUGUUCAUAGGCGGUGGCGUUUAUCCUACGGUGGCGAUGCUGAAUCACUCGUGCAAUCCUGGCGUAGUUCGAUAUUUCAUCGGCACCACCAUGAUCGUACGCGCUGUUCGCACAAUCGGCGCAGGUGAAGAGAUCUCUGAGAACUACGGUCCUAUCUUCACAACCACGUCCGAGACUGAGCGGAAAAGAAAAUUGAGGGUGCAAUAUUGGUUCGAUUGUAGUUGCGAGGCGUGUUCGGGGCACUGGCCACUUCUAGAUGAAUUGGACCCAACAGUGCUCAGAUUUAAAUGUGAGACUGGACCGUCCUGCGGCAACGUAUUGCUGGUCAGAAGCGACGCGAACGAGUUCAUGAUCGGAUGCGCGAAGUGCGGCAAGAGCACGAAUAUCCUGAAGGGCUUGAAGGCUUUACAGGACACGGACGCGCUUUUCAGGGUCGCGUCGACGAAUCUCGAAGAAGGCCGAAAUGAGCAGGCGCUGAAAGCUUACUUGGAGAUCUUGAAGCUACUGGACGAGACUCUAGCAUUGCCUAUCAGAGAUUACCACGUCUGUCAGCAGGGGGUCAGACUAUGCACGCUUGCCUUGGGCAAUAUAGCUUAUAUCUAAUCUCGAAUUGUGGAGCUAUCAAAAAAUUUACGCUGUAAUCUUUUUGCAAUAUAUAAAGACGCGCAAAUUUCUUUUGCAGUCAAGUGUAACAAUUUGAUUUCAGAUUACUUUCUUAAUUCUUUUACGAGAAUGCCUACAAAGAGCGAAAGUGAAGAAUAAAAAAAUUUUUGUUAUAAAAAUAAAAAAAUAUAUAAAAUAA